AUGCUCCCAAAACAAGCCACGAGCACGCUUGAGGGCGUCCACGAGCCGAUUCUUCUUAAAGACUCGCACGAGACUCGCCCCAUGUGGGUUUCUCCUGACGGGGUGAUCAUUCUCGAGAUGCACUCUCUUUUGAGCCAGCAGGCGCAGGACUUUCUAAUAGCCAUAGCAGAGCCUGUGACGCGCCCUGCGAACAUGCACGAGUACCGGAUGACUGCGUACUCUCUGUACGCUGCAGCGAGUGUGGGGCUGAAAACAGAGGACAUCAUCGACACGAUGGACCGGUUCAGCAAGAACAAAGUCCCGCUGAGCAUACUGAACUUCAUACGCUCGUGCACGACGAGCUACGGGAAGAUCAAAAUGGUGAUUCGCCAGGGGAGAUACUUCAUCGAGUCGCAGGACAACCAGAAUAUAUCCUUUCUCUACCGAGACUCUGUGAUUCAGUCGAUAUCCAUCCCCGUGCAGGAGGAGAAGAAGGCAAUUGUCUCCUUCGAAAUUGAGAGGGCGAAGGUGGAGCUGGCAAAGAAAAGGUGCAUAGAGUUGGACUAUCCCCUGAUCGAGGAGUACGACUUUCGGACGGAAAACACGCUGCCUCUCCUGGAGAUAGACCUGAAGCCGUCGACCUCUAUCCGGACGUACCAGGAGUUCAGCCUGAACAAAAUGUUUGGAAACGGCCGGGCAAGGUCCGGGAUAAUUGUGCUUCCGUGCGGGGCUGGGAAGACUCUUGUGGGAAUAGUCGCACUCUGCACGAUGAAGAGGUCGUGCCUGAUUCUGUGCACGACGUCCGUCUCCGUCGAGCAGUGGCGGCAGCAGGUGAAGCACUUCACAAACGUAAAGGACGAGGCAAUUGCGAUUCUCACGUCUGAGACCAAGGAGAAGUUCUCGGGGCAGGCAGGGAUAGUCGUCAGCACGUACACGAUGGUUUCCUACAGCGGGAAGCGGUCGUACGAGACGCAGAAAAUCAUGGACUUUCUCACAAGCACGGAGUGGGGCCUGGUGAUCUUUGACGAGGUCCAUGUCGUGCCUGCGAACAUGUUCAGGCGCGUUGUUUCGACAAUUAUAUCGCACUGCAAGCUGGGCCUGACAGCGACUCUUGUGAGGGAGGACGAGAAAAUAGAAGACCUCAACUUUCUGAUAGGCCCGAAGCUGUACGAAGCAGACUGGCUCAGCCUGAGCGCGCAGGGCCACAUUUCGAAAGUCAGCUGCACGGAGGUAUGGUGCAAAAUGACGGGGGAUUUCUACAAGCAGUACCUGAUAGCGGACAUCCGCAAAAAAAGGAUUCUUGCAACGAUGAACCCCACGAAGAUCCAGAUGUGCGAGUUUAUCAUCAACAAGCACGAGGCACUGGGGGAUAAAAUCAUCGUCUUUUCCGAUAACGUCUACACCCUCAAGGCGUACGCCCUGAAGUUUGGCCGUCCUUUCAUAUACGGCCCAACAGGACAGGCCGAGAGAAUGCACAUUCUGAACCAGUUCCGGACAAAUCCGAAGAUAAACACAAUCUUCCUCUCUAAGGUCGGAGACACGUCGAUCGACCUCCCGGAGGCGACCUGCCUCAUACAAAUCUCCGGACACUUUGGGAGCAGGCGCCAGGAGACGCAGAGGCUGGGCCGGAUCCUGCGAGCGAAAAGAAGAACGGACGAAGGAUUCACCGCGUACUUCUACACCCUUGUAAGCAUGGACACGGAGGAAGUCCCGUACUCCACGAGGAGGCGGCAGUUCCUGAUCGAUCAGGGAUACUCGUUCAAGAUUGCGGAGGAGUCGGAGCUCAUGGACGAGAGUGCAGUCACUGCGUACAAGACGCGCACCGAGCAGAAUGAGCUCCUGGCGUCGAUCCUCAUGGCGUCCGAGAGGGAGAUGCAGACGGAGUCGGAGGACGACGAGGAGAUUGAGAGGGCCGAGAAAAAAGUCUCCAGCAAGAAGCUCUCGGGGCCUGCCCACUUAACGUACACGGAAAAGAAAAGCCCCAGGUAG